GGGCCACAAUUUGUUGAUCCAACGGAGAAUCCCACUAGUUUCUACUCCGAAGAUCGGGAGUAGACAGACGCCGCUGACCAGCGCGUAGCGCACAUAUUGGGAAUUAAACGAUAAGUAAACGCGUGCAUUCGCACUCACCACCCUGUUGCGAAUAAAUAUGAACGUCAAACCGCAACGCUGCGUGUGCCAGUGACAGUUAGAAUCAGAUUAUGGACUGAUUUUCAUAUCUUUAGUGAGGCAGUCGCCGCGAAAAAAGUUUCCUCACUGCAAGAGGGCCUCAUCGUGCCACCGCAACAGGUUUCUACCAGAAACAAUAACCGGACUUUUAACCUCGGUUCAUCCAGCGCAAAACCGCGGAAUAACAAGGUCCAAACGUAACCGAGACCCGAAGUGUGAAGUCGGAAAGAGGGGCCAACAAAGGAAACCCGACUCGGUGGCAUCACCAUUGCGGUCUGGAGGAUCUCAUUUUGGGGAUUAUCCGAUACGCCUGCUCUGUGUACUCUCAAAGGAACGGGCUGCGUUUAAAUGCGGUACGGAGCUAAAAUGAUGCCGAUGUUCCUGACCGUGUACCUCAGUAACAAUGACCAGCAUUUUACCGAGGUCCCCAUUACCCCGGAAACCCUCUGUCGAGAUGUGGUGGAGCUGUGCAAGGAGCCGGGAGAGGUGGACUGUUACCUGGCCGAGUUGUGGCGGGGGUCAGAGCGCGUGGUGAGCGAGGCUGAGCGGAUGCUGGACGUGCUGCAGCGCUGGGGCCAGCAGAGGGCGGAAGUGCGCUUCUUCCUGCGCCACGAGCGGGCGCCCAGCCGCGAAUCAGGUGUGUCCAGAGGUCCAGAACACCUGGCCAAAAGAAAUGGGGUAAAGGGGUCCACAGACCGACACGUAGAGAACGGGGUGGUUCCGCCCCGCAUGGACAUGACCCUGGCGGAACUGCAGGAGAUGGCAUCACGGCAACAGCAGCAGAUCGACGCCCAGCAACAGCUCCUGGCCUCUAAGGAGCAGCGUCUGCGGUACCUGAAGCAGCAGGAUCAGCGGCUGCAGCAGCAGGACCAGCGGCCCUCGGAGCAGGAGAAGCUGCAGAGGCUGCGGGAGAACGCCGAGAGCCAGGAGGCCAAGCUGAAGAAAGUGCGGGCCCUCAGGGGCCAGGUGGAGCAGAAGCGCCUCAGCAACGGGAAGCUAGUGGAGGAGAUUGAGCAGAUGAACAGCCUGUUCCAGCAGAAGCAGAGGGAGCUGGUCUUGGCCGUUUCCAAGGUGGAGGAUCUGAGCCGACAGCUGGAGAUGCUGAAGAACGGCAAGAUGGACUCCUUUCACGACAACCAGAGCUCUGCGGCCGAGCUCGACCGGCUCUACAAGGAGCUGCAGCUGAGGAAUAAGCUAAACCAGGAGCAGAAUUCUAAGCUCCAGCAGCAGAGGGAGAACCUGAACAAGCGGAACUUGGAGGUGGCGUCAAUGGACCGGCGGGUGAGCGAGCUGCGAGACCGCCUGUGGAAGAAGAAGGCCGCCCUGCAGCAGAAAGAGAACGUGCCUAAUGGCUUCCCUGUUAAAGAAAAGUCUUCAAAGGGCACUCAACAGGUCCCCUCAGAUGGACACGCCCCCCAGCAGGGAGGGGCCUCUCGAGUGGCGGCUGUGGGGCCCUAUAUCCCGUCCUCCACCAUGCCCCGGGGGCCGGCCCGGCACGAGCUGCUGGUUAAGCCCGCCUACCCUGACGGCACGGCGACCCUGCCCCCCCAGGACGGCCCCCUCAAAGCCCAGGCCAGGAGUGGGGCGGGGCCCGCGGGGAAACUGCCCUCAGGGGCGGGGCAGCAGAUGGCCAAGGUGUCCAAGUUCUCGGAAUGGAGCAGCUCCAGCACGGAGUCCGGCAUCAGCCACGGCUACUCCUCCACCCUCCCCCGCAUGGGCAGCCACUCCCACGCUGAGCCGGACGACGCGGACGUCCUGAAGAGGGACAGAGACAAGAAGGCGCGCCCCUCGUCCAUGCUGGACGCCUCCGAACCCUCUACAGCCUCCUUGCGCAAGAACCAGAGCAGCGAGGACCUGCUUAGAGAAGCCCAGAUUUCUGGGAAGGGCCCGGUCAAGGUUCCGCCGCCGGUGCCGAGCAAACCCAAACAGGUAACCCUGCCCCCUGCUGGACUGCCGGGGCAGUACACCUACGGCAAACCCGCCCUCAACACCGGCACAUUCCCGGGCAAGGCCCGGCCAGCCAAUCAGCACCCGCCACCCGUCCACCACCGGGGCCCCGCCCCCGGGCCCGCCUCCCACAGCCACACCCUGCCCCUGCCGGCCAAGCAGGAGGCCCCGCCCGCGGCCAAGGUGCGACCUUUCACCCCGGAGCUCCCCGCUGCCAAGGACCCGGCGCUCCACAAGCCCCAGACGGUGGCCGCCAGCUCCAUCUACUCCAUGUACACCCAGCAGGCCGCGCCCACCAAGAGCUUCCCGCCAGCGCUGCCGGGUACGCUCACCCGCACGCAGCCCCGCCUGUACGGGAAGCCAGUGAUCCCAGGGGGACCCCAGCAACCCCCACACCCCGACAACCCCUACCUGGAGCGUCCAGGGGGCCCCGAAACGGAGGUGGACCACGGGGGCAGCAGCGCCCCCCCCGGCGAGGGCCAGGAGACGGAGCGUAUCCCGCGGCCGCUGAGCCCCACCAAGCUGCUGCCCUUCAUCUCGAACCCGUACCGGCACCAGAGCGACGUGGACCUGGAGGCGCUGCGGAAGAAGCUGUACCACGCGCCGCGGCCCCUGAAGAAGCGCAGCUCCAUCACCGAGCCCGAGGGCCCCGCGGGGCCCAACAUCCAGAAGCUGCUCUACCAGAAGACCACGCUGGCCGCCAUGGAGACCACGGUCACCGCCCCCUUCUUCCAGCCGUCUCCCAGGGGGGCGGAGCCGCAGGAGGGCGGGGCCCCGCAGGGCGCCGAACCGGGCCCCGCCCCCGCCCCCUGCCCGGUCGACAGAUCCGAGUCCCCCCCCGCGGGCGCCCCCGAUCUGCCCGCCUCUUUUGAGGCUGGAGGCGGUGACAUCGUCCCGAUGGCCACGCCCUCCCGCCCCACCCCUAUGCCGGAGGCCCCGCCCAGCGUCCCUCUGACUGAGAAAGAGGAGGAGAGGUGGGAGGAAGAGCAGCAGGAGGAGUCGGGGCUCCCCGCCCCCCAGGAGGCUUUUGUGGAGGAGUACCCCCCCUACCCGCCACCCCCGUACCCCAUCGCAGGAGAGCAGGAGAGCCUGGGGGGGGACACGUCCAGCAUGCAGGUCCCCGAAGUCACGGGACAGGUCACCCUCCCCCCGGGUAAGAGGACCAACCUGCGCAAGCUGGGCUCGGAGCGCAUCGACCACGGCAUGCGGGUGAAGUUCAACCCCCUGGCCCUGCUGCUGGACUCCUCCCUGGAGGGGGAGUACGACCUCGUGCAGAGGAUCAUCUACGAGGUGGAAGACCCCAGUCUCCCUAACGACGAGGGCAUCACAGCGCUGCACAACGCUGUCUGCGCCGGACACACCGAGAUCGUCAAGUUCCUGGUGCAGUUCGGCGUCAACGUCAACGCUGCCGACAGCGACGGCUGGACCCCCCUGCACUGCGCGGCCUCCUGUAAUAACGUGCAGGUGUGUAAGUUCCUGGUGGAGUCGGGCGCGGCCGUGUUCGCCACCACCUACAGCGACAUGCAGACCGCCGCCGACAAGUGCGAGGAGAUGGAGGAGGGCUACGCCCAGUGCUCCCAGUUCCUGUACGGCGUCCAGGAGAAGAUGGGAAUCAUGAACAGGGGCGUGGUCUAUGCCCUGUGGGACUACCCCAGGGAGAGCGAGGACGAGCUGGCCUUCAGGGAGGGCGACUGCAUGACGGUGGUGCGGAGAGAGGAUGAGGACGAGGUGGAGUGGUGGUGGGCUCGCAUGGGCGAGGAGGAAGGCUACAUCCCCCGAAACCUGCUGGGGCUGUAUCCAAGGAUCAAACAGAGGCAGAGGAGUCUUGCUUAAAUCCUGAGGAUUUGGUCUCUCUGUCUCUUCGGAAUUUUAUACGUCGACGACUCCAUUCCACUUUUGGCUUUUUUUUUUUUUUUUAGUCGACAAUAGAAAGAGAAGGAUUAGAUUUUAAGGACUCUUUAAGAAUCACAUGAAGGAUAUACGCCCCCCCCCCCCCCGCUCCUGCCCCCUGGGGGCUCGGUGGGGUUUCUCUGACGGGCAUACAUUUCUCACCAGUGUAAAGGAAUGCCGUCUGUCUGCUUCCCAAGGCUGGUGCUGUUGAUCGCGUGGCUUUUUCUGUACAGAGAUUUACAUUCCCCUUUACCGCAGUUUUUACUGGGGAAAACGUACAAAGCAGUAUUUUGGCAUAGAAUGUUUCUCAGACUUCUUUGUUAGCGCAGAUUUGCAUUAGGGUUCUCGUAAGAGCAGAAGUGACUGAGGUUGUUUGUUUUUUGUACUUACAAGUGAGCGGUGAGGCUUUUGAGCACACGUAAAAAAGCUGUUAAUCAUUUCAAUCACCUUUUUUACAGUGUCCCAAAUAAUUCAUACAUUUUGGGUACCAAACCCACCUAAGUGGACAAUCACUGUGGGGCUUUCCUUCAAAUCCGUGUGUGUUAUUGUCACAUUUCAUUUCAAUGGGCUAUUCCACUGUGUGUGUGUGUGUGUCUGUGUGUGUGUGUGUGUGUGUGUGUGUGAAUGCCACGUGCCUAAUGGAGUAAAAAAAGUAAACCUAAAGCUAUAUGUCGACUGAAAAAGCAUUUGACACUAAGCAUCAAAACCACUGUUACAAUGCCAGUAUAGCUCUUAUCUUCAUCUGUUCUGUAUGUGCACACAGGGGCGAAUAUUACCAGCAAAUGAGCCACUUCGGCUACCACGAAUGGCCAGUUGAUCGUAAUUUUAUUUUUUGAUCUCCAAAAGUGGUCUGUUUUUGCAGCUGGUUAGCUUAAGCACAGCUGUUCCAUGCUCGGCUACAGUUCUGUGGAAUCACGCAAGGUGUUUCCAAUGUGCGGAGAAUCAACCUCAAGAAGUAACGUGCCGGACUGAGAAGACAAUGAGUCGUAGACUCCUAUUAGGAGUGUGAUACCUGUCUGUAAAGGUCGUUUAGCAGAGCUUCUGUAGCGGUGAGCUUUCAGCGCGAGCUACGAUCUAACGCAAGGGCAUUCAAUCUCACGCUGUUGGACGAUACAGAUUAACGCUAAUUUUGUGCGACGUUAUCACUGAUCUGAAUGUGUGUGAGAAAUUCACACCUCAGGCACCUAGUUUUAUCAGCACUCUUCACUAAAGUUGUACUGUUCCACUUCAGAUUAGCCUUCGUCGCCCCCUAUGAGUGGUUUCUGUUUCCCAGGCCAGUUAAGAGUGAGUUAAGGGGACCUUUUAAGCUAAUGUUGGAUUUGGAGGCAGAUUCAAAAAUGUGCACCUGUCACCUUUUUCACAAACGUAUUUGUAAUUUCCUAUUUUUUUGUCAGUCUAUUUUUUGUCUGUUUAAUUGAUAAUAAAAAAAAGUAUAAUGUCACUUGUAGAAUUUCAAGAAUUUGCAAUAAAAUAUUUAAUAAACCGU